UUCGAGGAAGGCUCGUGCUUGAGAAAGUAAGUUUUUCAGUUAAUUAAAAAUUAUACUUCACUUUGAAAAGUCCUGUGAUUUCUCCGAAUAAGUUUCAGAACCGAAACUGAUUGCUUUUAAGUUCAUCCUCGGAUUAAUUUCUUUGCUGAGGGAAUUAGUUGCAUAAUCAAAAUUGUAACUUGUCUCAAACAAAGCUGUUUGAUUCAAAUCAAUUACUUCCACCAUGAGCAUCCUUAGAGCUUCAUAUGGAUCUUCUUCCUCCACUAGUUGGAAAUAUGAUGUGUUUCUAAGCUUUAGAGGUGUAGACACUCGAAAGAACUUUACUGAUCAUCUGUAUAAUGGUUUGAUUCGAGAGGGAAUUAAGGUAUUCAAGGAUGACAGAGACCUUGAAAAAGGAAAAUCCAUUUCAGUACAACUUCCUAAUGCAAUACAAGAAUCAUGUAUUUCAGUUGUUGUUUUCUCAAGAGAUUAUGUUUCUUCAUCUUGGUGCUUGGAUGAACUUGUAAAAAUCGUUGACUGUAAGAACAAUAUGGGACAAACAGUCAUUCCAAUUUUCUACCAUGUGAAUCCAUCCUUGGUAAUUGGACAGUUUGAGGUAGCUCAUGGUCAACAUCAAGAAGGUUUUGGAGACAACAUAAAAAAUGUACAAAUUUGGCGAAACGCUUUGAUGGAGAUCACUAAUCUGUCUGGGAGGGAGUUGAAGGAUAGGUAUGAAGCAGAAUUUAUUGAAGGUGUUGUGAAGGAAAUAUCAAGUAAAUUAAGUAGUUCAACUUCAACCUCAGCCUCAACUUCAACCUCAGCCUCAAACUUGAUCAAUCUCAAAAGAUUAGUGACUGCCUCUGCCACUGCAGUAAUUACAUGUUUAGAGAAUCUUGUAAUGCAGGAGGCCCACGCUCACACAAUCAGAGUCGUGGGGCCAAUAACCCAAUACCUGACCCCUUUUUUUUUUUUUAAAUUUUUUUUUGAGCCGACAAUAUAUCAAACUUCCCCUUUAUCGAGGGCCCAAGUUCCCAAGAGUUAGUGGGGCAAAUUGACCUCUUUCUCACCUCAACCCUCUUUGUUUGUCGUUGUUAUUUUUUUUUUUAAGUACUUUUGUGUGCUGCAUUCACACCUUGCCUGACAAAAGUUUUGAAUGAAAGUCUGACGGAAGGCUGUCAUUGGCAUAUUCUUCACUUUACCACAUCAGAAUGGGACCGAGUAUCGUUGACGGUGAUUUCAUUGUAAUAUACAAUCUAUAAUUAUUUAUAGAUUAAUUAUUUAUAGUUUAGUCAGUUAAUUUCAAUUCAAGCGUUA